AUGGGUAUUAUGGAGAUGAGUGGAGUUGCUUUCACUACAUUCCAGUUGUCAGGAGCGGCAUAUCAGUGGUGGCGCAUUUACGAGGAGGUUAGGGAGCGAGUCCGCCAAUUCAUCGAGGGGCUCAACUAUUGUAUUAGGUUCAGCAUGACUAGAGAGUUGGAGACAGAUACCCCAUAUCAACAGGUGAUAUCGCAUGGAGUUACAGCCCGUCAUGCUAGAUAUUAUGUGAGCCGUCCAGUUCAUUCAGCACUUCCAGUUUCUAGUGGUACUCCGGCUAUCACGAGGUCUCAUAUUGCACACUUUGCUCAUCCACUUUCUAGUGCACCUCCUGUAUGGAAUGCCUUCAGUGCGGAUCUGAAAGAGUUAAAGGAGCACUUGCAAGAGUUUUUUGUCAAGGGCUUCAUUCUGCCUAGUGUGUCGUCGUGGGGUGCUUCAGUUUUGUUUCUGAAGAAGAAGGAUGGUUCUACGCGUAUGUGUAUGGAUUAUCGGCAAUUGAGCAAGGUUACAGUGAAGAACAG